AUGCACUUCACAACCACCCUCCUGGCCACUCUCGCCCCCCUAGCCCUAGCCGGCAACGCCAUCGUCCAAAACGCCUGCACCGACCCCGUCUACCUCUGGUCCGUCGGCGCCUCCGUCGGCGAGCGCCAAACCGUCGAGCCUGGCGCCAACUACACCGAAACAACGCACUACGACGAUGUCUCGGGCGGCAUCGCCCUCAAGAUUACCCGGACCGAGAACGGGCUGUACGACGGCAGCCCGCAGACCAAUUUCCAGUACGCGCUGACGGACCACCUGUACUAUGAUCUGUUUGAUGUGUACGGGGACCCGUUCUCGGGAAGCACUUUGGUCGUGCACCCGUCUCUUGAUACUUGCACCAAUAUUUGCUGGGGUGGGGGUGUUAGGGCUUUGGUUACGAGUCAGACUGAGGCUUGUAGUACCGAUGCGGAUAUUACGCUGACGUUGUGUGCGGAGUCGUGUUAG